GUUAAUUUGAUCUAUCUGGGAAUGAUCACCGACCGAGUACCCGUCAUUCCAAUGUUUACGCCGUCGCAUAUUGGUGGUUCCGUGCCCCCCAUUGCUUUCGGUGAUGUUUUUGAUGUUCCGCGUCUUCGGAAAGCUCUAAACAAGCCGAUCAUCGAGUGGCGCGACGUCAAAGAUCCGGCCAGUAACCAACUCGACAACCUGGGCUGCUGGAAUGUUUGGGAAUCUUCGCAGUUUUACGAAGCACAUCCGCGUGGAAGCCCUGUCCUAUACCAUCUUGGGUUGGAUAUUUCAUAUACCAAAAUGCCCAGCUGGAUCAAGCUGUAUCAAGACUUCGAACACGACUAUUCCACGACGUUUUGGGCAUUAGCGAGAUUCGCAUACCCCGAAACUAGAAAUGCCAACCUUGUAACGCCACUACCCUCGCCUGCCACGAAUGUCUCGCUGCCACCUGAUGAGCAGAUGCUUUGUUACGACUAUUUAUAUUACGUCUGCGCACAACAGCCAAACGAGUUCGAAGCCGACUUCAGUCCUGCAUGGCGCUUCGUCGCGCAGUAUAUGCAUUGGGUUCCUUCACUAGAGCGGCUGGCGAAUGUGUAUAUCAAUCGGGCCCUCGGCUAUGAAGACGACGAACCUACUCCUCCGUACAUCGGUGUCCACGUCCGCCAUUAUGACUUUGAUCGCUAUUGUGUGGACAUACCACUAACAGACUGUUUCGCAUCUAUUCCUGUCAUUGCCCGACGGGUACAAGAAGUCAAAGAUGAAUUGUUGGCAACAAAAGGGCUAGACAUCAAACAUGUCGUGAUGACAAGUGAUGAGAGGAACGCGAGUUGGUGGCAGGAGGUCGCAGAGCAGGGUUGGUUUACUCCAGAUCAUUCUCGCACGAAGGAACUCCUUGGAGAUUGGUACCCUGUCCUCAUUGAUGCGGCUAUACAAUCUGGCGGAGUAGGGUUCGUUGGUACGGACAGAUCAACAAUGUCACUCCUCGCUCGCCGACGAGUCGAAUCAUGGCAAAAUGGCGUUACGAGAACUGUAAGGUGGGGGCAUCCCGGCGCGGAUGACCACUAGGGACUGAUGGACUAACAUUAUCUUCAAUCAUUUGGCAUGGACUGGACGUUUUGUACAUCGUUUGGUUUGGAAUCAUUUGCUUCGGGGCCCCUCUGAAAGAAUCAUUCGAUUUCUGGUCAAAUGGUGUGAUGAUAGUUGAGGCGACGUUGUGUCC